AUGGAUGUAAUGGCACUGGAUGAUGUUUAUCAUGUGGUUCGGUUUCGGUCUGUCGACGACUAUGAGUUUGCGAAAUAUGGAGGGCCUUGGUCAAUAAUGGAUCACUACCUUAUUGUCCAGGAUUGGAGGCCAAACUUUGAUCCCAAGUCGGAUAAAACUGAGCGAGUCUUGGUUUGGGUCCGGUUCCCCGACCUCCCAAUGGAGUAUUAUGAUUAUCCUUAUCUUAUGAAACUAGGGAAGAAGAUAGGAGAACCGAAAUACAUUGAUGAGACAACGAGCAUAGGAUCAAAGGGACGAUUCGCAAGGAUGUGUGCUGAAGUCGACCUGACGAAACCACUUCUCUCAAAAUUCACAGCUAAGCUAAAAGUCCGACAUAUAGAAUACGAGGGAAUGUACCAAAUCUGCUUCCACUGUGGUGUUUAUGGUCAUGCAGCAGAAAACUGUCCCCAGAAACCAUCGGAGGAAGCAGACACGGCGACGGAGACAGGCGGAGCUCAGGGAGACGGAGGAGGACAACCAAAUAAGGAAAAAGAUCAAUCGAUCCAAAUCAGGCCGGAGAUUGUGGAACGAUAUGGCACAUGGAUGCUAGCCCCGAAAAAACCGUACCGAUACAAUCGUGCUAACAAUGGAAAAAAUAAAAACCCAAAAGGUAAGGAUGAGAACGGUAAUCAAGGGCCUAACAACUCUAUUAAUGUCGAGAAAGGAAGGAAUAAUGGAAAAGACAAAGGAAUAGCAGUAGCAGACCAAGGAAUUAGAUCAGAUUCUAUAUUUGUGGUUCUAAGUGAGGAAGUUACAGAGGAGAUCAAUGAGCUGGUUGUGGAGUCUAAUGAGGAGAGCCUUGUGGAGAAGCACGUGAGGGGAACCAGGAAUUCAAGAACCAAAAAGCAAGGAAAAAUCAAGAAGACCUAA